AUGUUCUCCUCGGCCUUUAAGUCCAUCUCUGCCACCAACAUCACAGGCAACUACUCCAUCUCCUCAGCACCGACUUCGACGGCUGGUCCCUGGAAGAUAUACGAUGCGAAGAAGAAGUCUACCGGCAAGCCAUACAGCGUCUUUGUCUUUGAGCGGAAAUCAUUAGAUAGCCAUGGCAGCUCGUUGGGCCGCUCCGGUGCGGCCUCGUUCAAGAAGACGGUCGAGGAAGUCGUCGAGCGGUUAAAGAAGGAAGCGUCGAGUCUUGCGAAGCUCAGGCAUCCCAACAUUCUCGAGUUGGUGGAACCAGUGGAGGAGACAAGAGGCGGAGGCUUACAGUUCGUGACGGAAUCCGUCACAGCUUCAUUGUCCAGUUUACUGCAGGAGAAAGACGAACAGGAACGAACUGGAGGACCCGGUGGAAGAUCGAGUCGAUAUGUGACAGAGGAUGCAGAUGGGACAAAGAGGCGAAGAGAGCUCGAGAUCGAUGAGUUGGAGAUUCAAAAGGGUUUGCUCCAAGUCAGCAAAGCUCUCGAGUUCUUACAUGAGAAUGCCGGUAUCGUCCAUGGCAACCUUACCCCAGACGCAGUUCUCAUCAACGCAAAGGCAUGCCCUCUAAAGCUUCCGAUUGGAAGAUCAGUGGACUAG